CUGGAUGUCAAGGAUAAAUGUAGCAUGCACAACAUUCGUUUCGUAUAUAACAACCAGUGUUUUGAAGCAGUAUGCGCACUCAUGUUAAGUCACAACAAAUGAGUUAACCGACCCCUUGCCACACUGAACAGUUCUGUAACAUAUGGUUUUACAGUUGAGAGUGUAAGUCAGAUCAUAGUAAAAAAUAUUGUUUCUUUAAAUUUGUAGAUUUUUUUGUCAAAUGAAAAAGCAGACAUGUCAUAUAAAGUAAAAAUAGUCACACACUCGUAAUAAAAGCCCCAUAUCCUCAUAAUUAACAAGACUAUAUAACUACGUGUUUUAUAUCUUUUUUCAAGCUGAUAGACCGUUUUUGACUAUUGACCCUUCAAGGAUUGAGGAACAUUCGACAGUCACCUUGAUCUGCACGACGACAGAAAAAUAUAUAUGGUAUAUCAACUGGAAGAGGAAUGCCAAGGAUAUCUUUGGCAUGGGCCCAGAUACAGGUUUGGCCAAAACAAAUGAUGACUUUGAGAACUUGAAGGAUCGAAUCGUGUACAGCAUAAAUCCAGGUAAACAGUACAACGUGACCCUAGCUUCUGUGACGGAAGCGGAUCACGCGUCAUCGUGGACGUGUCGGGUCAGAGGGGAAGACAGCAACUCGGUAAUCUUGGUGGUUGGAGAUCUGCCUUUGGUUUCAACAACGGUUACUUCAACGACCAUGACAACUUCAACUGGUCCAACAACUACUGUGACUACUACGACGAUCGCGUCAACCUCGACCACAUCAUCCACAACAUUCACAACACCCAUGACUACAAAACCAUCACUGACAACAAAGACAAACAUGGCUACAUCGACGACCAUCUCGUCAGAAUCGUCAGCGGAAAGUUCAACGUCAACGUCAACUCAAUCAACAGUACAGACAGAGUUACCUCCCUCUGACAAUAAAACAAAGGCACCCAUGACGACCAAGCCAACUAAAAGAGCCCUGAAUUCAACGUCACCCGUAGCUGAUAGAAGUCCAUCCUUUGACUUCGCCCUGAUAGCGGCAGGAGUGGUCGGCGUCAUCGUCCUUCUGGUAGUGGUAGUCUGCAUCGGCAAAGCCGCCAGAAGACGCUGGAGGGAUCCCUAUGUGUGAUGGACAGUGAAAAACUGAGACAUUUUGUGAAGCUCUGAUUAUAAUUAGGUUUUUGUUAUAAAUGCUCAGCGCUGUUGAAGAGGCGCGUAUAUUGUCUCAUUUCAUAUACGGGCGAAAUACCCACUGGGUUAUGAAAAUAACAAGCAAUUCGGUUAUUGUAUAAUGUAAAUGAAUAGAGAAAUAACAAUAAAAUUGAUUAUCAA